AUGGAUAAACUGUGUUUACGCUCAUAUAUAAAAACUCGUUUUUUAUUGGGUUUAACUGCUACACAAAUUCAUGAUGAAUUAACUACUGCUUAUGGACAAGGUGUUGUUGCAUAUCGUACAGUUGCUCAUUGGGUUCAUCGAUUUUCAAGUGGACGGGAGUCGUUAGACGAUGAUCCCCGAAGUGGUUGUCCGUUAUCCGUCAUUACUCAACAAAAUAUUGAAGCUGUUAAAGACCUGGUGAAUGAGGAUCCACAUAUUAGUAUUGAUUAUAUUGCUGACAUAUUAGAUAUAUCACAUGGUAGUGUGGAUACUGUUCUCAAACAACACCUUAAAUUAAAAAAAGUAUCGUCAAAAUGGGUACCUCAUAAACUCACAUCAGCACAACGACAACGUCGUGUUGAUAUUUGUAUCGAAAAUUUACAGAAGAUUGAAAGUGGUGCAUGGAAAUUAUGUGAUAUAGAUACUGGUGAUGAAAGUUGGUUUUAUCAUCGCAAAAUUAAAUCAAAACAAGAAUCGAAAGCUUGGGUAGCACAAGGAACAAGUCCACCCACAGAACUGAGAAGACAACAAUUUGAAGAAAAAACAAUGUUCAUUAUAUUUUUUAUGACAAAUGGACCUUUACUUAUUCAUCAUCUAACUCCUGGAACAUCGAUCAAUGCCAAAUAUUAUCGUGAUGAAUGUUUAAAAAGUCUAGUCGAAAACCUAUACAGAAAAAGACCAUUAUCAACAGCAAAUUAUGUGAAGCUGCAUCAUGAUAAUGCAAGACCACAUAUGAAUGAUAUUGUUUUUAAUUAUCUUAAAGAAGAAAAAAAUCAAAGUUAUGGCCCAUCCACCAUAUUUACCUGA